AUGGAUCAUGUGCUGAACAUUGCUGAUGGUUACAUCUUCACUCCGUAUGUUUACCCGACCUCAUGGUCCGAGGACGGGGCCCUGCGUCAGAUACUCAGCCUGUGGGUGGUGACCAACCUUGGAGCGGUGCUACUCUAUCUGGGCUGUGGUGCUCUUAACUUCUACUAUGUGUUUGACCAUAGACUCAUGAUGCAUCCACUGUUUCUCAAGAACCAGGUAAAGCAAGAGAUCGAACUAUCAGUCAUUUCUAUCUUCUGGAUGAGCUUUCCCACAGUGGUCCUUUUCUUCUGGGAGGUCCAGGGAAACAGCAAACUUUAUGACAACAUCAGUGAAUCUUCUCUGGGCUGGCCCGGGGUGUUCCUGAGCAUUGCUGGUUUCUUGUUCUUUACUGACAUGUGCAUCUACUGGAUACAUCGCUUCAUGCACCAUAAGAGCAUUUACAAGCAUUUACAUAAGCAGCACCAUAUAUUUAAGAUUCCUACGCCUUUUGCCAGCCAUGCCUUCCACUGGCUGGAUGGGUUCCUGCAGAGCCUACCCUAUCACGUCUACCCGUUCAUCUUCCCCCUUCACAAGGCAGUCUAUCUGUCACUCUUUGUCUUUGUCAACAUCUGGACCAUUUCUAUACACGAUGGAGACUACCGCAUCCCCGGCCCCCUGAUAUGUCUGAUCAACGGCGCUGCUCACCACGUAGACCAUCAUCUAUUCUUCAACUACAACUAUGGACAGUACUUCACCCUCUGGGAUCGUAUCGGGGGCUCCUACAGACACCCCUCAGCCCUGCUGGGGAAGGGGCCACACGACCACAUCCGCAGGCUCAUGGCAGAGGCUGCACACACACAGUGAAGGUCCAGAUCCAGUCUGGAUAUUUGUUUUUCACUUUAAACCUCUCAGGGACUUUCAUACAGUGAUGUUUCAGAAAGAGACAACUGCAUUAGAUGCAAAACCAGCCACCAGCAACUUAAAAUAAGUUAUUAAGUAAGUUGUUAAAUGUUGAAUACAAAAAAUAUUGGGGAAUUAUGUUUUUGUCAAAGAUAAUGGUUACAUGGCAGUUGGCUGGAAAUAACCCUAUAAUGCAGUCAAUUAAAAAACAGCAAAGGUAAGGCAUACCAACUUCAUGAAAUCAGGCCAAUGUUUCUUUGUAAUAGGAUUGAUGGAGGUUUUUUCUUUUACUAUGCAAAUACAGUAUCUGUGUGUUUACCACCACUGUCCUCACAUUUCAGAUUCCACAGCAAAUAUCAACAAACUUAUCAGAUGACAGAGGCAGGGCAAUUGUCUGUGACCCUUUUCCAUUUAUGUUGUUACAAAUUGGUUUAUUUAUUUAUGAAUAAUUGAUUACAAACCCAAUAUAUAC